CGUCUCACCCAGUCACAUCAGAGGCGAAAAAUAUCAGAGGAAGGAAAAAAAAAAACAAAAAAGCUGAUCGGAGCGGAGGCAGCAGCAGCAGCGGGGCCGGAGCCGGACCGAGCCGGCUCACCUUCCAUGCUUUAUGCGGGGUGUUUUUUCCUCUUUUUUUAAAAACCCGGUGAAUAAUAAAGGAGAUGAGGGGACUCCUGCCGUUUUACCGGGGCCUGUGCACCCUGAGUAACCGUCAAGCCAGACGAAAAGCUGGGAUUGUCGGUUCUCGGUGCGGGUUUUGCGGAACUCAGUCUAAUAGCAAGGCACAGCCGAGCUUUGGGCUGUUGUUUGACAUCGAUGGUGUGCUUGUCCGGGGAAAGAUGCCAAUCCCUGCUGCCAAAAAGGCGUUUGAGAAGCUGGUCGACUCUCAGGGACAAUUUGUGGUGCCGGUUGUUUUCGUCACAAAUGCAGGGAACUGCCUCAGACAAACAAAAGCAGACCAGCUCUCUCACAUCCUGGGAGUCCCUAUUACACAGGAACAAGUCAUCAUGUCCCACAGUCCCCUAAGGAUGCUUAAGAAGUACCACGACAAGUGUGUGCUGGUGUCAGGACAAGGGCCUGUCCUGGAAAUUGCUAAAAAUCUCGGCUUUCAGAAUGUGGUCAGCAUUGAUAUGUUGAGGGAAUCCUUCCCUUUGCUGGACAUGGUGGACCACAACAGGAGACCCAAACUGCCGUCCAAUCUUGUCAGAAACCUCCCUAAGGUUGAAGUGGUGAUUCUUUUUGGGGAGCCAAUUCGAUGGGAGACCAACCUACAGCUUAUUAUUGAUAUUUUGUUGACCAAUGGAAACCUCAGCAGUGCUCACCAAACCCAAAAGAUGCCUCACUUGCCCCUGCUGGCCUGCAACAUGGACCUCAUGUGGAUGGCUGAGGCCCAAUCUCCACGGUUUGGUCAUGGGACAUUUCUCGUGUGCCUAGAAAACAUUUAUAAGAAGAUAACAGGGGAGGACCUGAAGUACGAGGCUCUAAUGGGAAAACCCAGUGAGCUCACCUACCAUUUUGCAGAGUACCUCAUCAGAUGUCAGGCUGUGCAAAAGCAAUGGAAACUUCCCGUCACGUCUCUUUAUGCUAUAGGGGAUAACCUUAUGACUGACAUCUAUGGUGCCAAUCUAUACAACCGCUACCUGGAGGAGAGGGUUGCAAGAAAAAACCCAAAAGCUGUUGCAAAGAUGGCGGCCGCUACGGGUUCCACCACUGCUGUCCCCCAAGAUGAGGAGACCGACAACCUGUGGGAGAGCGAGCUCGCACUGCCGUCUGCUACAUCCUGUAAGUCUAUCCUGGUCUGCACGGGCGUCUACAACCCCAACGCAGAGGUGCCCACUGACGCCAACCACUGCAUCAAAGAGACUGUGUUCCACGGGCACCGGGACUUCAGAUUUGACCCUGCGCUGGUAGAGCCCGGCCACAUCGUGAAGGACGUGGCAGAAGCUGUUGACGUCAUCUUUGAGCAGGAGAAGUUUGUGCCUCAGUUUUAAGCCAACAGAUUUAAUGUGGUCACGGAGGCUGAAUUAGCGGUGGCGACGGUUACCACUCGAAGCAUUAAUCUGUAGGAGCCUGACACUGUGGACACUGUUUAACCACCUAAUAGGGCAUUGAUAAAAUAUUGGGUCAUAUUUUAAACCUUCAACAUUAACUAUCAUGUAAAAGUCAACCUCUCUUUUCUAUUGUUUUGUGAUAGUUUUUAAGUACAUUAAUGCGAAGUGUAAAAACUGCCUUAUUUGACCCUACUAAGUAUUUUUUUAGAUGAUAGUAAUGUUUUAGAUUAUUACAAAUCCUAAAAUCAUCCUAUAUUUAAUAUAAGAAGUGUUUUUAUGAAGCACAUUCAGAUAACAUUUGACCUUGAUUCUUAAAAUGACUUUUUAUUCUGACAUUUUGUCAUUUGUUUACCCAUUUAUCCUGAAAAAUCUAUGCAUGAACAUGAGCGUAAUACUUGUACUGUAAAGACAGCUGUUUGAUGUGCAAUAUUGUCCUAGUACUGUCUGUCUGUCUGCAUUUUGUCUUGUUGUGAGAGCAUCAACCCCAUCAGAGACUUAUCUUUGUCAAAAACAAGCGUUUAAUUGUAAAAUUUACUAUAGACAUUUUAGAAACAAAAGCUAAUAGCUAUUCAGAAAUGAAUACAAUGCCAAUCAAAAGGUGUUGCCUCUUUAUAUUUGACUAUUUGUGUUAAAUCACUCAGUGUGUAAAUAUUUUACCAGAAGUAAAUAUUAAGAACAAGAUGAACAAGCUUUGGAGGGUGUUUGUGAAUUAUUUUUUAGAUAAAAACAAGUUACAUCUCAUCAGAAAUGUCCAAGGCAUUUGGUCACUGUAAUUUAUAAAGACAGACAUCUUCAGUGUAUUUUUGACAGCUGAUAUCAGUCUUUGUUUUCAGACAUGAAUCAUUGGCUCCCAGCCUCUGAUAAAGCACAUAUUAAAGAAUCCUGUAGAUCCACACAGCCAUGCACACAAACACUGGAUUCAACAUCUCAUGUACCUAGAAUAUGUCAUUACAUAUUGUUCCCCCAGGUAGGUAUAUAAUUAAAGGUAUCAAGCUAAACCUGUCA